AUGGACGAUUAUCCAGCGGGUGACGACAUUCCCGACCCCAUCGACUACCAGCACGAUGAACUCAUGGGAUUCCUCGCAGACAAUCACGACAUGCGGGAAACGGCACGCAAUUCUCUCAAGCAGGGCGUGUGGGCGGGGGGUGGUGCCGUCUCGGGCGGAUUGCUCCUCGGUCCCGUCGGGGGCUUGGUCGGCGGCAUACUCGGCAGUAUCGUGGGAUUUCGACGGCGCGGUGCAACAGCUCCUCCAACUCUCACCGCAUCGCAAGACUCUACUGGUUCGGUCGGUCCAGACGGUGUUGACUAGUGCGGGCGCGACGGUUUCCCAGUUCCAGAGUCCCACGCUCUUUCGAGCCGCCCUUCUCCAGUUUGUGUCCCAACAACAAGUCCGCGAUCAAAUAUGGCGAGCCUGUGUUGACGCCAUGCAUGCUCCCGAAAACGUAGAGUAAGACGUCGCUGAACACGAGGGUGGAAACGUCCGCGCGAACACCCAGCCGUGGCGACCUUUUGGUGUUGACGCCCACCGUACUGCAAUGCUGUACGUACUUGUGAAACAAUUUUAGUUUGCCGU